AUGGCUGUAUUUACUCCUCCAUCAGGUACCAACAAUUCCACCGACCAUCCUCACACACAAGAUGACCACGACAAAGAUGAUAAUGACAUCAAGAAAUUCUACAUAAGGCCAAGUUUAGGCCUAAAACUAUGGGGUCCGCUCGUACCCGCUCCCGAUAACCUACCGGGGCUAUACACUUUGAUCACCAUCCAAUCUGCAGUGGGUUUCUUUGCCCUCUGGAGACUGAAAAGACUCUACAAACUACCGCCACCGCGCCGCAUCGCCACUGGCACCCAUUCGAAUUUAUCCUUUGGCGAACUACCCAGUGAAAUGAUUGUUAAUGGCAAGACCAAAAUUAAGAAGGAUAUUGCUGACUUUCCUACUUUGAACCGCUUUUCCACCACCCAUGGCGACAUUGUGCUUGCUCCCCCCCCCAUCAUGCCUCGCCAGUCUAGAUUCGUCAGCGUGAGGAAACUCUUAUGGGGUUUGUUUGGCUCACUGUUACUUUCUCAGUCACUGUUGGAACUUACACGCUUGAACUUUCUUAAAUACGACCCGUGGUACGACGAAAUGAAAUCUGUGCGUGACAAGAAGUUUUUCAACAAUAUUGUCAAAUAUUACCACGAGGGUAUAGAUCCUACUAAGAUAAAAGUCAAGGACGCUAUGAACGGUACUCCACUCUCAACAAACAUCCCUGAGGUCAAGCAAAGCGUCGCUCUCGCUAGAGCGCAAGUUGAGGCGCAAAAUCCCAUCAUCAAAUGGUUUGGACCCUUGGAAUACAAGCCCAUGUCUUUCAACGAGUACCUCAAUCGCAUGGAGUUUCACUUGGACAUGUUCGAGUUCUUUCAAAAUAAAAGAAAUAUUAGAGAAAAUUCCAUCGAGCUUAUUAAUUCCAUAUCGCAUAAUCCGCAGUCUUCUACUGGCCUGGAAGGCUUCUCCGAGUCCAAGAAACUACAUCUACAAAAUGUGGAAAAAAGACUGCAUUUCCUAGCAUCCUCGGGGAAUUCCAUUCCCGCACCAGUGAAGAAGAGAUCAAGCACCACACUCUCACGAGGUGUUGUCUUGCCCCACGAUACGAACGGCCCACAAGAUAUUGACCUCGAUACAAUAAGAUCGCUCUAUGAUCCGUGGAUGACUUUGGCCUUAGAAACCUCGCUAAGCAUAAAAUUCAUACCAACCACCAUGCCCUCCCAUACUAAGACUCCCACUAGCACGGACCCUCCAUUACCAGGGCCUACUCCCAAAGCUCUUACUAACGAAAAGACACAUUAG